AGCAUGUUAUUUCAUGACUUUAUCAGAGAAUGGUUCUUCGAUCUGCAGCACUGCACGUAUGAUGGAGGAAGUUUUACAAAUCGAGCUUGAGGCGUUGACGGCCACGUACGCUGAUGACGUAGUUAUCAAGGAAAACUGUAGCGAUGAUGGGUAUGUAGUAAUCAUAGACCUCCGCUUAGCUCCGCGAGUCUCUGAGCAACAUGAGGCAUUCCUAUCGGGCCGAUUGCGCCUUGGGGUGUUGCCAGGUUACCCGGAAACUAGUCCAUCAAUAGAUGUGCUUGACACCAAAGGCAUAGGUGAUCAACGACUGGCAAACCUUCGCGAGCGCUUACAAGGAGAAGCAUCCGCGUUGGCGGGAGAAAUGGCGCUGGGGGCAUUGUGUGAGGCCGCGCUGGACUGGGCGACGGAGGAGAACCACCCUGAAGGCUUUUGUGCCUUCUGCUUAUGCCCGCUGGAGCCUCCAUUGGGAGGCCGCGGCAGUAGCCAGGAGCCGGACUCACAGGACCAGCAGCAGCUGGUGCGGCUGCCCUGCUACCACGCCUUCCACAGGGGUUGCUACGCUGGGUGGUGGGGCUGGCGGCAGCAGUCGCUGGAGGCGCAGGAGCGGGAGCUGGUGAAGCACACGGGGGCGUCGGCGGCGUCUGUGCUCCGGGAGCAAGACCUUCCUCCCCGAGAUGAGUACGGCACCUACGAGACAAGCUGCCCCGUGUGCCGUACACCCGCCCCCUUGGCCUCCAUGGGUCCGCAGCUGAGGAAGCAGUUGGCUUUGGAGCGGUCCAAAAGCGCCGCUGCCUGUAGGGGGCCCCUGGCAGCUGCAGGAUCGCGGAGCAGCCAGGGGCGGCAGCAGCAGCAGCAGGGGGCGGGGUCUGGGUCGAGCGCGACAGAGGCGACGGAGGCGGUGCACCAGCACCAGCACCGGCUGAGCCCCCAGGAGCUGGCGGCAUACCGGGGGGUGCAGGCGCGGCACGCGGCGGUGCUGGCACGUCAGCGGGCGGCUGGAGGGCUUAAUGAGGCGACAUGCUACUCCAUUGCGGGCUGGACGCUGGGGGCGGAUGCCCCCAAAGCCUCCGAGCAGCAGCAGGAGCCGCCGCCGCAGCAGCAGCGGGAGCAGCAACAGCAAGGGCAGCAACAGUCAAGGAGGUCUGAAGGAGCUGGCCGGCCACGG